CACGGCACAGCCCAGAUAUGGGUUCCCACAGCGAUCUCGUUCCUGCUCGGAGGAUUUCUUCGGGACGAGGAGACGGCAGCGUCAUGGUGAGUAAUUACCUAUUUUGCCCUCCUUACCGUUGUUACUGCUCGAACGACGCCCACCGCUGUCAGUGUCAGCCCCCCGUACGCGUUCUAACCCGCCUUAACACUCGGACCAGGAGCGUGGCCGCCAAGGUUCUUCACUCUUCUUACUGGACGACCAUCCUGCGCACCGACUCGGUCCGGACUCAUGCCGUCCGAAGACCCAUUUCGCUUGCGUCUCUGGCCAUCCCCGCGGCGACGAUCCUGACGGCAGUAGCUAGCGUGGUGACGCCCCUCGGCCUCUACGAGCAACUCGGGAUCGGUGCCAAGGAAGUGGGUAACUUCUCGUACGUCGGCGACACGAGCGCCUACUUCUACGGCACGAGCCCUAGGGGAGCUUACUCCUUCUCGAGGGUCUGCUACUUCAGGGUCAGUUGGGGACCAUGCCCCUUCACAAACGACACUGUCAUCUUCAGCCAGGGCGAGAGCCAGUCUAGCUGGCAAUUUCCCAACAACCUGACGACGGACGUGCCUCCGAUCCUGCGCGAGGUGUACUCAAGCGGAACGCACGGCAUCGGCACCACCGUCUCCAACUUUUUCGACAUCGAGUGGCGGCAGCUGACCACCAAGGUAGACGAGAAUGGCAUUCUCAACCACGGACGCCCCUACCCGGUGAACAUGUUUCGCCAGCUGGACAGCGUGGCCAUCGACGACGCGGUCCGGCUGGUCGAGGGCCUCGUCGUGGACGCCAAGUCCGGCGGCAUCGGGUUCCGGAACCACACGGUACCGCAACCGCCAAACCGGAACGUCACCUGGCAGGAGGACCUCCUGUUCAUCGAGCCCGUCACGAGCUGCGUCGACACCAACUUGACCCUUGAUUACACCGAGUCGUCGUCCUAUAAUAACUUCUCCUCGUCCGGGCCGGCCGACUACCGCCUAACGGAUCGGGGUGGCUUCGUUCAUCUGGUCCACAAGCUUCCGGACUACAACCACGACGACCCGCAAGCGAAUCCAGACCUCCGGGGCCGGGCAUACAGGGCCGCGAUGCUCAACAACUUUGCCACCAUGGUGUAUCUCAACGUCACCAAUCCGUCCGACAACAGCACCGGCACCAAGUCGUUCCGAUACGUGAAUUCGGGUCUGGGCAAGUCGUUUCGCGUAUCUGUCGACCCUUUGCGGACGUACCGUGCCGCCAGCUUCUCCAGCGACUACGGGAGCUAUCUGUUCGGUAGUUCGUUCGAUGAUGAAUUAGGCUAUCCCAACCCGUACAACGUGACCAAGGACGGCUGGUUCCAGCCGAUAUUACGAGAGUGCUCCGGCUACCACCCAUAUCGCCCGGCCAACAUUAAUACCAGCAUCUUCGUCACCUGCGGGCUCGUGAUUGGCCCUCCCCGUCGGGUCGACGGCGGGCCGCAGGGUAUCUUCGAUCGGGGCAGCAAGUGGACGACGCCGAUGUACUCGUGCGCGACGGCGGUCCGCGCCAUCAUCAAGACGGUGCACUUCUCGACCGACAUCGCGUCGGAUCCCACCCUGCGUCCCGUGGGGCGCAACCGCGGGCUCGUCGCCCUGCGCGUGACCAACAUCACGGCCAAGAAGUACCCGACCCGGGAGUCGUACCCGCUCUGGGGCGUCGAGGACACGGGCCGCCCCCUGGGAGAGGUCGCGCCGAUCUGGGGCCUCGUCUCGCCCGCCUACCAGGAUGCCGGCUUCCCCAACUUGACGGUGGUGAAGCAGCCGUGGCUAUAUCUCCUCGGGGUGGGUAAUGACGACCUGGUUUACGCCAAGAAUCUGAACCCCUCGUCCGUCGUCCCCUCCGGCAGCCAGAACCUGCCGGGCGCCGAGUUUCCCUUCGCCGCCGCCAACACGAUCUACGACGACAUGUACGGCCUCAGCCGCACCGAGUGGCCCUUUGACCUCUCCGGCCGCUCCGACAUGGCCGUCUUCACCCGCUGGCAGGAGUUGGCCGCCACCCCCGAGGGCACCGCCAAGCUCAUCAACCUGCUGUGGACCGACGUCGCCGCCUCGGCCGUGGUCGGCACCAAGGGCAUCAUGCCGCCGGCUUCUUCGUCGUCGACGUCGCCCUCCUCAUCGUUGACCCGGCGGUCGCCACUGCAGCAGCAGCAGGGAGGUACCGAGUCGGAGGAGCAGAAGGAGCAGCAGCAACAACAACAACAACAGCAACAACAGCCGGUGCCCGUGAUCCACGUGUGGCCGAUCGUGCCGCUGACGCGGUACCACCCGGCGUACGGGAUCCCCGCGUUCGUGCUGCUGGUCGUGCUGGUGGCGCUGACGGCGGGGGCGCUGGCCGCCUGGUGGACCAAGACGUCGACGGUGGGCAAGCUGCGGAUGCGGCUGCAGCAGCUCUCGGCUGGCCGCAUCUUCACCGCCGUCCUCUACCCCGGCGAGAGCGACUUCCGCAUGCCCCCCAAGCAGUGGAGUCAGGUCAGCGGGCCCAAGACGGUCAAGUUUGCCGACGGCGAGGGAGGAGAGGCAGAGGCGGCGGCGGCGGCGGGAGCAACAGCAGCAGCAGAAGCAGCAGAAGCAGCAGAUGGGGAGGAGCAGCAGGCGGCGGUGCGUGACGUCCAGACCCCCGGGGUCAUCACCGUCUCUAGUGUCGGGGACGAGUCCAAGGUCGAAUAUGUCGAGGAAAUGAGGCCGAUACGGCACGAUCCGUACGGUGGAGGGCAGCAGCACGGCGGCUAUAUUGCCCUGGCAUCUGUCGGCUACGGGUAUGAUGGGUAAUUAAUAGACGGGAAAGGUGGUGCUGUGGUUCAAACUCGUAAUUAAUUCGCGACGAUUAUUAUGACAUGCCGAUGAUUAAACAAGUAUCAAGUAUGAGACGACAACAUCAAAGUCCCGCGGCCUGCCAAACUGGCAGUC